CAUUGACAGAUUGUUAAAUACUUUACUUUACUUUGCUUGACUCGACUUGCUGACGGGUACCAAGGGCCAGAAUAUCCCUAUUCAGUCUUCGCAUUUGAACCCGCGAGCCCCCCCCCUCCCGUUCCCCUUCUUCGAACUUCAUCAUCUUUUCUGUGCCUCUGCUGGAAUACACCCCCAUCCUGGAUGACUUCACUCCUUUAGCAUCUGGACACGGCUAUCCUUCUCAUCUGCUCCGAGAAGAAUCGAGACCGUUUUUGCCGGGCAAAGUUGAACUAGGCCCCCAAAUCUGCCUUACGGAUCCGUACAUGCAAAGUGAGACCUAUCGGCUAGGUCCUUUUACCUUUCACCCCGUCUGAAACCUUGCCUUACCGGGCGACAUUUGGAACUUUUUGUCAUCUCUUGCCCGCGUCCUUGCUUUGCUGCAGCACACAACCUUGGACGCAAAAGCAGCAAUGGCAGGCGACUCUGAACCCUUUCCUGUUCUCAACACCUCGGCCGACCAGUUCUCCUCGGCCCAGGACUCCAACGCGCCCCGUCGACGUAGAAAGUCGAGCGCGCUGGGGCAAGAUAUCCGUGCCGGGGAUACCGGCGCACCGAGUCUGGGAACCGGCGGCCUCGCAGUCCUUCAAGAUUCCUCGCCCCCCUCAUCUUCCCACUCGUCCGCCGAGAGAGAGCUGAACGGCGAUCUGCGCCAAUUUUCCGAAAAGGAUGGCCCCAGAGCCAAGAAGUUCUCCAAGCGCAGAAAGGCCCGCUCUGCCAUGAGCCGCUUUCUGCGCUUCUCUCUGAAGCACACCUGGACCAUACCCUUGGUGCUGCUGCUGAUCUUCGGUGCCCUCUACGCAAUCAACCCGACCGAAUCGAACCUCAUCCACCACUUCAUCUUCCUUUCCUACAAGCUGCCCCUCGAGGCCGGCGCGCAUCCGGACACACCGCACCACUAUGGCAAAGGCUCUUGGGAUUUCGCUUUCGUGUGCUUCUACAUCGUCGUGCUGUCCUUUACGCGCGAAUUGAUCAUGCAGGAACUGCUGCGCCCCCUGGCACGCCAUUACGGUAUCAGGACCCGCGGCAAGCAGGCUCGUUUCAUGGAACAGAUGUACACGGCCGUCUACUUCGCCUUCCUGGGGCCCGCAGGCAUGUAUGUCAUGAGCCGCACGCCCAUCUGGUAUUUCAAUACUCGUAGCAUGUACGAAGGCUUCCCGCACAAGACCCUCGAGGCCGACUUCAAGUUCUACUAUUUGUUCCAGGCCGCGUACUGGGCCCAGCAGGCAAUCGUCUUGCUGCUUGGUGUAGAGAAGCGCCGCAAGGAUUUCAGGGAGCUGGUCGGACAUCACAUUGUUAGUCUGUUGCUCAUCGGGCUCAGCUACAGGUUUCAUUUCACCUACAUGGGUCUCCCUGUGUAUAUCACGCACGAUAUCAGUGAUUUCUUCUUGGCUACCUCCAAGUCCCUCAACUAUAUCGACAGCCCCAUCACGGGUCCCUACUUCGCCCUGUUCGCCGCCUCGUGGAUUUACUUGCGCCAUUUCCUAAACCUGAAGUUCCUCUGGUCUGUCUUGACCGAGUUUACCUAUGUCGGCCCCUUCGAGAUCAAUUGGGAGACGGAGCAAUACAAAUCCCGCCUCUCUCAGGUCAUUAUAUUCACCUUGCUGGCGUCUUUGCAGGCGCUCAAUCUCUUCUGGCUGUUCUUCAUCAUCAGGAUCGCAUAUCGCUUCAUCGCCGCGGGCGACGCAGAUGAUGACCGCUCUGAGGCCGACGAGAGCGAACUCGAGGAGAUGGCGAAAACGAAGCAGGAUGUGAAGCACCUAACGGAGAAGGCGGAGGAAGUACCUUUGCUGAGCAAGGUAGCCAAUGGCACAGCGACGAAUGGAAGAGUCAAAGUGAAUGGAAGUGCCAAGGUGAAUGGCAACGCGAAGAACCGCUCCAGUUAAGGAGGAGCUCUCACGCCUGCUAUUGCUAGAAUCUCGCCUCUAGCACCAAAGCAUGGAAGUGAUUUGAAGCCUAGCGAGUAUGAUAUACGAGGUAUGUCUACAAGCGGUAUGAAGAGGCUACAGCAUGCCUAAAUAUUUAUCACCCCAGCUCAGAAUAGCCUCAUUGUGUUUGGUUUGUUGCGCAACCGCACCAUUCGCAUGACACUCGUUCGGUUCGGAAACAAAGUUAGCUGAAGAGCCUGGCUGUUCAAAUCGAUCGUUUUCUAUCGUAGUUGGGUACUCAUAAUACCCUCGUGGGGGGGCUAUUAUGAAGGACCGCAACGAAAUAACAAAAGGAAGUCCUGGCUAUACACCAAGACAGACCUAUCACGCGCUCGCUUUCUAGAGGACGAUUAUCCGGAAACUGCAGUGUGGGAAAUGACAAGAUAUGAGAUACAUAAUAACUAAUAAUGAAACUGAAUAUUUUUAUAA